AUGGCCGAGGACGCCACGCUGCAGCCGCCAGAGAUGGCGCCGCCGACUGAAAGGAAGAGGCAUCAUCAGCGUCGGAGCACACGACGAUUGUCGAAUACUGGCGUGACUCGAGCGGAUCUAUACAGCGGCUUGACCGUAGUUGGGCCACCGUCAAGUGUAUCACGACGAAGUUCUGCUCAUGACACUGCCGCCGCUAUGGAGAUGGCGAGACAUCAUCUUGCUUCAGCGUCCACAGGCGACUUGCCUACUCCAGACGACUCUCAGCCUGUGACGCCCGAGGAUGGAGCUUUGAAGACAACUGAUAGAUAUGCGUACGCUUUCGACAUAGAUGGUGUUCUUAUCAAAGGUGGGGAGGUCAUCCCUGAAGCAAUAGAGGCAAUGAGAGUGCUCAACGGGCAGAACGAGUACGGCAUCAAAGUGCCAUACAUCUUCGUCACCAAUGGUGGCGGUAAGACUGAGGAGGAGAGAUGCAUCCAGCUGUCGUCUCAACUCGAACUCGAGGUCUCACCAGGUCAGUUCAUCUGCGGUCAUACUCCUAUGCGGGAGAUGGCCGAGAAGUACAAGACCGUCCUCGUUGUUGGCGGUGAAGGCGAGAAGUGCCGUACGGUCGCCGAAGGCUACGGUUUUCAGGAUGUGAUCACGCCUGGCGAUAUCAUCAAAGACAACUCAGCUACUACGCCUUUCCGACAGCUGACAGAAGAAGAGAAGAAGUUGUCGAAGCUGCGCAACUACGGCGAGAUCGACAUUGAAGCCGUCUUCGUCUUCGCCGACAGCAGAGAUUGGGCAGGUGAUCAGCAAAUCAUCUUGGACUUGUGCAUGAGCAAGAACGGGCGACUGGGCACUCGGUCUGAGAACUUUGAUGAGGGUCCGCCAGUCUUCUUCGCCCACAACGAUGUCAUUUGGGCCACGUCCCACACCUACUCUCGGAAAGAGUUGAAGACAAUUGCGUUUGGCAAACCUCAACUCGGCACAUUCCAAUUCGCGACCAGACUGCUGCAGCAGUGGAGGAAGGAUACACACUCGAUCGACGCUCCUCCAGAGACGGUGUACUUCGUCGGCGAUACCCCCGAGUCCGACAUCCGUGGGACCAAUGAUUUCCACAACUCUGGCGAGGCCAGUAAUGAAUGGCAUUCCAUCCUUGUCAAGACUGGCGUGUAUCAACCUGGCACGACUCCCGCGUAUGCACCCAAGGCAACCGUCGACAAUGUCCUCGAAGCAGUCAAGUACGGUAUGAAGAGGGAGUUCGAGAGGCAGGUCAAGGAAGUUGCUCAGACAACUCCGGCCAUUCAUGAGGAAUGA